AUGUUCUUCAUAGCCGUGUUCAUUCUUGCCGUAUGCCUCGCUGUUAUCUCAUAUACCCUGACAACAGUCAGCAACCUGCCGGCGCCAGACUUCCCAUCUAUUCCACCAUGGCAGACGCUAUCCGACAUCGUUGCCGGCAUGACACGAGCGGAGUCGUACGAUCAUGGGAUGCGACCCAUCGUCGAAAAGCAUGGCGCCGUCAACAUCUGGCAGGGCGGUCGCUGGGUCGUUGUGGUGACGCGCCCCGAACUGGUGACCCAGGGCGGAAACAUUAAGAAGCUGCCCUACAGCGUCUUUGCCCGCCUUUUCGGGGUCAACAUCAUCGACUCCCAUGGUGCACUUCACGACUCCUUCACCGAGAUCAUCAAGCCGGGACUGCAGCGCAAAUUUGAUCUCCACCCGGUGCGAGCCAGCUCGCAGCGGUUGGCGCAGAGCCUGCAGCAGCAGCAAAAGCACCGGCCCGGGUCGAGGGUGGAAAUCCAACAUUCGACUCUCAAUUGGGCGAUCGACGUCGUCGCCGACAGUCUCAUGGAUUUGAGCCCGGAGCGCAUGGCGGAGCAUCGUCCGGCUGUGCAUGAGGCGAUGCAUCGGUUCCUGACCGGAAUCUCGACGAAGCUCCAGACGUUGCUGUACAGUGUCUUCCCAGGCCUGGAGCGUUGGCCGUGGCUGAUGCCCUCGGGCGACUACGGUAUUCGCAUUGUGGAUACCCUAGAAGCUCGCAUCCAGAAUCUGGCCGAGAUCGCCUCCCAAGACCCCAGCCUGGCAGCAUCCCACCAGCCUUCACACUACGAUAACGAGAAAUUGAUCCAUCGCCUGCGGCGCGCAUUGGAGAGGGGGGAUAUAUCCAAGGACCACUUCCGCGGCAACCUGAACCAGCUCUUCAUCGCCGCGGUGGAGAACAUCGACAUCGUGCUCAACUCCGCCAUGUGGGAACUGGGGAAGAACCCCACGCUGCAGAAUCGCCUGCGGCAGGAGGUCCUCGCGUGGCUGCCCGCCAACAAGCAGACCGGGUAUUCCGAGAGCGAUCUCGACGCGCUCCCGCUCCUCACAGCUACCAUCUACGAGGCUCUUCGCUUGUACCCGCCUCUCAUCAACCUGAUCAACCGAUCCACGACCCAGCCGGUCUGCCUGGGAUCCACGAGCAGCCGCCCCCUCCCGACGGGGACCUGGGCCGGCUGGCACGCAUACGGUACGCACACCGACCCCAGUGUCUGGGGGGCCUCCGCGCGGGAAUUCGACCCCGAUCGCUGGGGCUGCGACCCGGUCUCGAUUCGCAACAUGUUUCGCUCGAUGCAGGUCAAGGGGAAGUACCUCCCGUUCACGACCCACGCGCGCCGAUGUCUGGCCAGUAAGUUCGCCAUCACCGUGCUCAAGAUCGCCCUCUGUGAGCUGCUCGUCGCGGUCGAAUGGGAGCGAGAUCCCGAGUAUAAGUUCGAGUUGGUCAAGGUAGGGUUGCGCCCCCGCUUCGGUCCGGAACAAUGGUUACUAAGCAUUAUAUAG